AUGGCCUUCGAGAGGGAGGGGAAACCAAUGACUGGACUCUCUACUGGACGGACUACUCGGUGUCGCUGGAGAGGGUGAUGGAAAUGAGAAGUUACCAGAAAAUAAACCACUUCCCUGGGAUGAGUGAAAUCUGCCGAAAGGACUUGCUGGCCAGAAAUAUGAGCCGCAUGACAAAGAUGUUCCCGAAGGAUUUCCACUUCUUCCCUAGGACCUGGUGUCUUCCGGCCGACUGGGGAGAUUUGCAGAACUACAGCAGGUCAAGAAAAAAUAAGACCUACAUUUGUAAGCCGGAUUCGGGCUGCCAAGGGAGAGGUAUAUUCAUCACCCGGACGGUGAAAGAUAUCAACCCAGGCGAGGAUAUGAUCUGUCAACUCUAUAUUUCAAAGCCCUUUAUCAUUGAUGGAUUCAAGUUUGACCUACGGAUUUACGUGCUGAUGACGUCCUGUGACCCUCUCAGGAUUUUUGCAUACAAGGAAGGGCUAGUGCGCUUCGCCACCACCUCUUACUCCCACCCUUGCACAGACAACCUGGAGGACAUCUGCAUGCACCUGACUAAUUAUUCCAUCAACAAGCACAGCUCCAAUUUUAUUCGAGACACUCAGGCCGGUAGCAAGAGGAAGCUCUCCACCUUCCAUGCGUACAUGGAGAACCAUGGCUACGACACGGAGCAGAUGUGGAGAGACAUCGAGGAUGUCAUCAUCAAGACGAUCAUCUCCGCCCACCCCAUCAUCAAGCAUAACUACCACACCUGCUUCCCGAACCACACUCUCAACAGCGCCUGCUUUGAAAUCCUGGGCUUUGACAUUUUGCUGGACCACAAACUCAAGCCCUGGCUGCUGGAGGUCAACCACUCUCCCAGCUUCUCCACUGACUCCUGGCUGGACAAAGAUGUGAAAGACCGUCUGCUCUAUGACACUUUGGUCCUGAUCAACCUGGGAAGCUGCGACAAAAAGAAAGUCUUAGAAGAGGAGAGGCAACGGGGGCGAUUCCUGCAGCAAUGUCGUUCUCGGCAGACCAGGAUCAAGGAGGUCAAGGGUUUCCAGGCCGUGUGGUUAGAGAAAACUGAGCAGUACGAGAAGGAAAACUGCGGAGGCUUCCGCCUGAUUUAUCCUAUUCUGAACUCGGAGAAGUACGAGAAGUUUUUCCAGGGAAACAACUCUCUCUUCCAGAAUACAGUUGCCUCCAGGGCUCGGGAGGUACAUGCCCGGCAGCUGAUCCAGGAGCUGAGACUCAAACAGGAGAAAAAAUCCUUCCAAAUGAAAGAAAAGAAGGCAGAGACGCAGGGGGAGUCAGCAGGCGAGCGAGCAAGAGGCAAGAGGACGAGGAUCCAGCGACAGAAACCACAGCAAGAACUCAAGUCCGCCGCCCUGGCCUCCAAACAAAACCUCCAGCCAUUGACAUUAGCAUCCUGCGCACCUGACUUGCUCAUGAGCGUCAGAGGUGCAAAGGAAAAUGAGGCCGACAGCAGCCUGGACCCGGAGGCCCCCACGAAAGAGGGCAGCCCUGCACCGUGCAAGCCUCUAUCUGCCAGGCUGCACACCGCUGUGCCGGACCUGAGGCCCUGGAGCCUUCUCGGCUGCCUGGGGCCGGAGCUCAGUAACCCCCUCUCCAGAGUCAAGGAGGCCAACUCUGCCUCCACAGUGAACAUAUUCACCGUCACCGUCACCGUGCCCGUAACCUCCAUAGAAACCUCCCCAGAUUCCACCACCUGGGACUCAGACUCCCCCGAGUCUCUGCCUAGCAUGACCCCGAAAACCAGCUCGGAGCACAGUAGCCCCGAGUCGCAUAAGGGGGUCUCCUUCGAGCAGCACGGGGUCUCUCGACACCUCCUGCAGGGGAGUAUACCGAAGAGUUCUCUGCCAACAGAAUCCCAGAGCUUCUUAGGAAACCUGAACCAAAGCUGGGCUUCGCUGAAGAGUGACACGAGGAAGCAGCGUCUGAAGUCAGAGCUCUUCACCAACGCUCGCCUGCGGCAGAAGCGCUCCCUGACCCCGGCUCACUGCAACCCAAAGCUGGUGCCCAGUAACAAGUCAAAAAACCCCUCCCUGGCGCGGGAGUGCUGCGUGGGCGGCCGAAGCUCCGGCGGGAACUGGCGGCUGCGGGUGUCCUCCCUCCUGGAGCGCGAUCCUCCGAGCCGCGACGUCUCUCUGAAGGAUCUGCUGGUGGUCGCCACUCGAGCCCGGCUGGCUCCGAGGCCUGGCCAAAGCCACAGGGGUGCGACGAGAGAACGGUGUGUACAGGAUCGGGAAGCGUACAGUCAUUGCCGGACCACCCGUCCAAGAGGGUGUGAGCGGAAGUAGAUUCAGACUGGAUCUCUGCCAUUGUUUUCCUUUCCAUUUCGUAUCCCCAGGAAAUGAUUUAUCUUCUCUUAAAGCAUCUACAGUGUCCAGAGAAUCAACUGAAAGUUUUAUUUCCUCAUCUAGAUAUCCUGGUCUUAUCACUACCUCUCACUAACACGACUGGGCCAACAGCCUUGCCUUUUGCGCCCGCCCAGCUAGCUUUGAGCGCCGAAGGACCAUGACCUAUGAGGGGUAUUGGUGCUGCCCCAGGACACAUCCCAGCCACCCCUCGAGUGGCAUUCCUAUGGGUCUCUCAGAUGGCAUCGUCUUCCAGAACACUCCCCCCACAGAGAGCAGUAAGAAGGGAGGAACGUUUCAGAGAAAGACUCAAAGUUUCCAGGAAUCCAAAGUCCUCAGUCCACCAACAGGCCUGUGUCCAUUGGUUUUUAACUCCAAAAACAAAAGGGCCAGGCCGGAGGGAGAAUCCUGAGCCCUGACUACGGGCACUGGGGGGGCAGGUGUAACUUUACAAGGUGAAGACAGGCCUCCUCUCACCCCCGCCGCCUCUGUGCCCCGACAACGUCCUGCCACCUCCCUCCCCAGUGCACGUCGAUGCUGCCGAUGGAGGAAGAAGGGAGGCAGCGUGCCCCGUGUGCAGGUGUUUCUUCCCUCGGCCUGCAGAAAUGAUGCGUCUUACCCUCAAGUGCACAUUAAUAAAGCAAAUUGCCAUGGUCAA